GUAAAUACAUACUGUACAUAUAGCGAGAUGAGUACACAAACCCGUUCUGGAGGUGGCGGCGGUGGCGGUGGCCGUAACAAGUCCAAGGCCAAACAUCAUGAAAACAAGGAAAAUCUGGCCAAGGACGAAGGACAGAACCAGUCACAGCAGUACCCGAAAGGUGGUGGUUCGGCCACGAACAAUGUCAGUGGAAAUGACGGGUCAGCUGGAACUGGGGUUGCUGUCGGCGGCGGUAAAGGAGGCGACCAUCAUAAACAGAAGGGCAGCGGAGGCCACAAGGGCACAGACAACGCUGCACCGAAGGUUGUUGAUGUAAAGGAAAAGCAGCAGAAGGAAACUGGCAGUGGCGGUGGCACUACUGGCACCAACAACGAAAAAUCCGGUGGACCUACAGGAGCAGCGUCUGGUGGUGGUGGUGGUGGUGCUGGGACCGGCACCGGUGGUGCAUCCGCUACUCACACUGCGGUAAAGGCAAAGCAACCGACCGCCGAACAGAUCCGCAUUGCUCAGAUCACAGACAUCAAGAGCGGCAUGGAUGAUCCGAAGAUUCAGGAAAAAAUCCAAAGCCUGAUGGAAACGACCCAACGGUCGGAGGAGGAGGUGUGCUGUGCCCUGCAGGAGUGUGACAGCGAUCUCGAUCGGGCCGUCAUCUUUCUGCUAGAGACGCUGCCGGUUGGUGCGUUCGCGACUACGUCCAAAAAGAAAAAGAGCAAAUCUCAGGCGGCGGCGCAGAAAGAUGGCGAUGACAACGGUGACUGGGACACGGUUGGAGCGGUUACUGGUGGCGGUGGCAGCGGUGUUCAGCUCGGUGGCAUCAAUGUGGAUCUGAAGGAACAACAGCGCCGUGGCGGCAAUCGGGGCGGUCCGGGCAACCAACGAUCUGCCGGUGGGCCUGGUCGUGGUGGACGUGCGGGAGGCUAUCGUGACGGCGGUGGCGAUCGUGAUAGGGACCGUGAUCGUAAUGGGUACGAUAAGGGCGGCGAAGGCGGUGGCUAUCGUAACCGGACUGGAGGCGACGGCGGUCGUAUGCGGGGUGGUCGCGAUGGUGGCGGACCGGGUGGCCCAGGUCGCGGUAACUAUGGAUCGCGAGGUGGUCGUGGUGGUGGCCCAAGACUUGGCACUCGCGGACCUGGCUCACGGGACCAGAACCGAGGCUCGCGGAUGAUGAACAACGAUCAUCAGGAGAUCGACUCGUGGGAACCGGUGACGACACCGGCAAACGCAAACGAUCUCAAACCGGAAGAAUGUUCGGCGUUCACCGAUACGUGGGGCGACUGGGACAACGAGGAGUAUACAGGUUCGUUGUCGGAUACCAAAGUUUUUACCGCAAGCAGCACUUCUGGAACGGGUCCGUCUACUGCCACAGGCGCACAGCAGCAGCAGUCGCAGCAAUCCACGCAGACAGGUGUAUCAACGGCGGGUUCCAAUGUUACGGAACUGGCGGCACCUCCGGGGCUGGAGCAGCAAGUACUAAAUCCACCACCGCCUAAAGAUACAGAGCUAGUGCAGCAGUACAGCACGACCGUCGUGUCGAGUACGGCAACUGCUGCGGUUGCAGCUGGUGGUGGUGCCGGCGCCGGCACCGGUGUCGCUGGCGUUGUGCCUCAGUAUUCGGAUCUGCAUGCCGGCACACCGAACGCGUCAACCGCCGCACAGCACCUGCGGCAGGCGCUCGAUAUGCCACCGAUGAACACGUCCUCAUCCCUUUCGGCAGAACAAAGUCAGUAUUUUAGCACAUUAUCAUCUCAGAAUUCCAAUCUCCAGCCAACGUCGAGCGCCGUCGGUUUCCAGCAGCAGUCGCAGGCGAGUGCGGUACCGUCCCAGCAGCAACCUACGUCGGUCCCGCAAGCGCAACAGGCCCAACCGCCCCAAUCUAAUUCCGUGCAAUAUCCGACCGCUUACGUUGGGGGAACGAACGAGGCGACUGCAGGGGCGCCGACCAGUUACGCGGCUGCGGCAACCCAGCAACCGCCGGUGCGGCGGCAGCAACGGGCAAGGGUACCGCCACCAUCGAAGAUUCCAUCCAGUGCUGUCGAAAUGCCGGGCGACAAUAUGAACAAUAUUGGCUACCUGGAUGUGCAGUUCGGUGGCCUCGAUUUUGGUGCGGACGAUUCGUUCGACGCAGUGGUGUCAGAUAAGUUCAAUUCCUCUGGAGGCAGCGGUGGCGGUGUCGUGAUGGAUCAAUCGUCUUCAACUGGCCAAACUUCAGUAGUGUCGCAAGCGACACAAUCCGUCGGCCAGCCACAGGCGUCCCAAACCCAGACCGUGCAGCAGCAGCAGGGAACGCAGGUACCGCAGGCAACGGUCGGCGUGCAGCCCCAGCCAACGCAAAAUCAGUUGCAGCAGCAGCAGCAGCAACAGCAACAGGUCGUUUCGCAAACCCCGCAGCAAGCCGUCCAGCAACCGGAUGUGAACGAUUAUCAGUCGAAGGUUGGCGGCGGUGUUGUAGCGGGUAGUGUUGUAGUGCCGAACAAUUUGCAGCCCAAACCGUCCAACCUGCCCGUGGCACCCGGUUUGGCAUCGUCACAGAUUAUGCCGGGACAGGGUGCAGCGGAAGCGCUUUCGGCCCAGAACGAUGCGCUUACCAACAGUUACUCGCAGCGUAACAAUGCAGCCGGAUCGGUGUCCACGUCCGUCAGUGCGGGUGUAAACUCCAUGAGCAAUGCGGCUGCGGCGUUGGAUCAGCUGACGAAAUCGGAUCCGUACGGUCAAUCGGCUGGUACAAAUACGGCCCUGACCGGUGGAUACCAGAACGCACCUUACUCGUCAACACAAACGAAUAAAGCGCAGUCGUAUCCUCCUACCGGUGCGCCACAAGCGUACAACAACAUGGGUUAUUCUAGUAACCAGGUUACAAACGCCUAUCCUCCAUCGACGAAUAACUACGGUUCGUACAACCAGGGUAAUGUGAAUGCCUACCAGCCGCCCAGUAGUAGCGUGACCAACAACGUUGUACCGAACAACAACACGGGCAACUCCGUCGGCGGUGUUUCGAAUCAAUCGAACCUGCCGGUCAACAACAACGCCGUGAACAGCAGCUCGAACAAUAAUUCCGGUGGCUACCUGUCCAGCCAGUAUCCUGUGAGCCAGACGUCGUCUGCCUUCCCGUCACAGCAGAACUAUCAGAACAGUUCGCAGAACGUGUACGGUAAUGCCGGACUCAGCGGCAACACAGGGUAUUCCGGAAGCACAAACACUACAUCCGGCCAGUAUGGUAGUAAUUUUAGCUCGUCGAAACUGAAGGACACGCCGGUGGUUUCAACGCCAUUCGAAAGUGUGGCAUCCAGUACGGUUUCGAACAGUAGUACGAAUAAUUCCAACAAUAAUGUAACCAGUUCGUCUUCGCUGCCCAUCAGUUCCGUGGUAUCCACGACAACGAAAAGCAGCAGUAGCACUAGCGGCACCGGUGUGGUCACCAACAUGCCGUUGGUUAAUCCGUACAUUCAGGCACCGGGAAUGCCAUUCUAUCAGCAGGCCGCCGUCUAUUCGUACGAGGAUCUGCAGCUGAUGCAGCAGCGUCUGCCGCAUGUGCCUGGCUUUUACGACAUCAACUACCAGACGCCUACGAGUCUCGGCGCGGCCGGUGUACGCGAUGCGAACCUCGGUUCCGUCGCGUACUCGACCAUGUCCGAUGGUCGGUUCACGCGAACCGACAACAACUCGUCACCUGUUAGUAAUGUUCCCAGUUCCUUGUCCCAACAAACAGGGUCUGGUGGUCCUAUGUUGAACCUGCCAUACGCUUAUUUUUACGGCGGCAAUAUGAUGCCGGCCAGCAGCUUCCAAUAUGGCACACCUGUCUAUCCUCAACAGAUGCCCACAAACGCGGCAACAUCCGGCGGUCAGUUCCAGAAGCCUGCGUAUAAUACGGGAGGAUAUGGUUCGGCAACCGGGUACGAUACGCUCGGCCAAUCGGGGCAGGACUACAACAAGAAUGCAUACCAAGCGUCGAUCGUGGGACAGCAGCAAUCGAAGGGUCAAACGGUGGCCAAUCCACAGUCCGGCACUGGCAGUGGAUCUGACAUGGCACCGUCAAUGUAUGGGAAAAAUCAUGUGGCAAUUAACAAAGUCAAUUAUGACAAACAAUCGUUCCAUUCUGGAACACCGCCGCCGUACAACAUUGCCGGAACACAGACGGCUGGAACUACUUCCGCACAACCCUACGGGCAGCAUCUGGCGUACAUACCAACGAUGGCUACGCAUCACAAUAUCAAUAUGCAUCAAAACAUGCAUCAGGAUUCCAACAGCAGUGGUCAAAGACCACAGACUAACAACCAGGGAAAGACUGGCAGCAAGCAGCAAGCCUAUUCGUCGUCCACUUAUUGGACUGGGCCGAAUUAA